AUGAAAACCCUCUCGCUCCUCGGCCUGGCCGCAGUGCCAUCGCUAGCGCUCAAUAUCCCCAUACAGCAGCUUCUCUUCCCCGAUGCCGAUCUGUCGGUCAGUCAUGAUAACCCGCUAGCAUACCCAUCUACACGGGAAACCUGUCCACAGCCACCCAAGGUCAGCAUCCCCAAUGAUGGCUUGCACUCGUCAGAAACCUUCCUCUCCGACGAUACAUUCCGUGCCCGUCAGGCAGAUCGGCUCUCGCGUGCGGUGCAGAUCCCAACUACCGUGGGUGAUUAUGCGGUCGAUCCAUACGACGAGGUCUUUGAGCCCGUAGUCAAAUUCCAAUCGCUGUUGAAGGAGAUGUUCCCACUUGUACACAACCGCGCCAAGGUUGAGCACAUUAACCGUCUUGGUCUAGUCUUCACCUUCGAGGGAGUUGACACUUCACGCAAGCCGGUACUUUUCAUGGCCCACCAGGACGUUGUUCCCAUCGACGACCCAUCAGACUGGACUUACCCGCCCUUCUCAGGUUUCUUUGAUGGCGAAUGGAUCUGGGGGCGCGGCGCAAGUGACUGCAAAAACGUUCUUAUCGGACUCAUGUCCGUAGCCGAAGACCUGCUCGCGCAGGACUGGAAGCCACAGCGCUCGGUACUGUUCGCAUUCGGGUACGACGAGGAAUCGCACGGCUUCCUAGGCGCCGGAGCAAUUUCAAAUGUUCUGGAGGAAAGGUACGGCAAAGACUCCAUUGAAUUCAUCCUCGACGAGGGUGGGAUGGGACUGGAGACCCUAGGUGAUGAGUCCGACCCUAACGGUGAGAUCCUGUAUGCUCUCCCAGCUGUCGGCGAGAAGGGUAGCCUCGACCUCAUUAUCGACAUUGCCGUGCCUGGUGGCCACAGCUCUAUCCCACCAGCACACACCGGCAUCGGUAUCAUGGCCGAGAUUUUGUACAACCUUGAGCGGAAAGAGCUGUUCCCUGCCUGGCUGGAUAGUAACCAUCCUGCUUACGGGAUGCUGGCGUGCCAGGCACGGUACUCGCCUGACUACGUUGAGAACUGGUUAUCCGAUAAGCUGGCAGCAAAUGACCCUGCUGCUCUAGGCGAGGCUGUUGCCAGCUCCCGCGGUCCCGCAGUCCGCUAUACUAUGCAGACAUCGCAGGCAGCAGACCUGAUUCACGGCGGUGUGAAGACAAACGCACUACCAGAGAAGAUCUCAGCGGUCGUCAACUAUCGCGUGGGACUACAUCAGACGCCCAAUCAGUUACUUGAGCGCGCUAUCCGACUUAUCACCCCUAUUGCGGAAUCCCACAACCUUACUAUACGUGUUGCCUUUGACGCCAUGGCAGAUUCCAUGAAAGGUGAUGUGAGUGACCGUACUCUCACACUGUCUCCUCUUGAUGAACCUCUUUCCCCGGCUCCAAUCUCCCCAACAGAUCCGCUCACUUCGAAGGUGUGGGCACACUUCGCCGGAGUGGCACGUAGUGUUUUUGAGUCUCAUCCGAACCCAGUUUCCAAGUCUACGUCUAAAGCUAAGCCAACAGUUAUUGUCACGGGAGACGUCAUGACUGGAAACACAGACACGCGCUUCUACUGGGCUUUGUCGGAGAAUAUCUACCGUUGGAGCCCGGGCCGUGCUGGCGGAUCGCUGAAUAUUCAUACUGUAGAUGAGCGAAUCCGCUUGGAUGUGCAUCUUGAAGGCAUGAUGCUUUAUUAUGAUCUGAUUCGGUCUUUCGAUGCUUGGGAUGGAAAGUCCGAGUGA